AUAACUUUAAAAAAAUUUGAGCAGUCCGCGACUAGUCCGCGCAAGGGUUGGGAAUUUUUUGGAGUAGUGAGGUUUCUGAGUUACCGUGAGACACCAGAGAUAAGAAUGGCCGCAACCGUCAGAGGUGUAUCCAGCAAGCUCGGGGGCUGUUAUACCUCCGUGAAGGCGAUGACAUGCGGUUCCAGGAAUUAUUUCACCUACUCGUUGGAGCCGGCACAGCCCCUUAAGGGCAGAGAACCGAAAUGGGUUUCGGCUAAGGAGGCCUUCGAAAUCAUGAAGUCUGGGGACACCGUGUUCUCAUCUGGAGCCGCCGCCACUCCGGUGGAACUCUUGAAGGCCAUGACUGAAGUUGGCAAGGCAAAGAAGCUGAGCAACAUCCGCGUGUGUCACAUGCACACUGAAGGAGCCGCCCCUUACACUGAUCCAGAGUGCGAGGGAAUCUUUAGAUCGUUCUCGUUUUUCAUGGGAGGCAACGUGAGAAAAGCCGUAGCUGAAGGACGUGGCGACGCUUUGCCGAUCUUCCUCUCAGAAAUUCCACUACUGUUCACCAAAAAAAUUAUCAAACCCGACAUCGCAGUGGUGCAGGUCACGCCACCAGAUCAGCACGGAUACUGCAGCGUAGGUACUAGCGUCGACUGCGUACGCGCCGGCAUGCAACACUCUAAAGUAAUUAUCGCUCAAGUAAAUCCAAAGUUGCCUAGAACUUUCGGCGACGGCAUCAUCCACAUCAGCCACAUCGAUUACGCCGUCAAGUUGGACACGCCGUUGCCCCAGCACGGCGGCAAACCCCCAAGUCCAGUCGAGGAAAAGAUCGGCAAGAACAUUGCUGAGAACCUCGUCGACGACGGUGCCACCCUCCAAAUGGGCAUCGGAAGCAUUCCAGACGCAGUAUUAUCCUGCCUUAAGGGACACAAGGACUUGGGCAUCCACUCCGAGAUGUUCGCCGGUGGUGUCGUUGAUCUGGUGGAACUGGGUGCCGUCACCAACAACAAGAAAACAAUGCACAAGGGCCGCAUCGUCGGUUCGUUCUUGAUCGGCACGCAGAAACUCUACGACUUCGUGGACAAUAACCCCUUCAUUGAAAUGUUGGCCGUCGACUACGUCAACAACACUGGAGUCAUUGCCAGACAACCAAAAAUGACAGCAAUAAACUCGUGCAUUGAGGUCGAUCUGACCGGCCAAGUUUCCUCCGACUCCAUCGGCACGAGGAUGUACUCCGGAUUCGGUGGACAAGUCGAUUUCAUCCGUGGUGCCGCCGAAGGUACUGACGGACUUGGAAAACCAAUCAUUGCGUUGCCUUCAGUUACCAACAAAGGCGAAUCGAAGAUUGUGCCUACUCUCAAACACGGUGCUGGUGUUGUGACUACCAGGGCUCACGUUCAUUACAUCGUUACUGAACACGGAAUUGCCUAUUUGUUCGGUAAAUCGUUGAGACAGAGAGCCCACGCCUUGAUCAACAUCGCCCAUCCUGAUCACAGGGAGGCCUUAGAAAAAGCAGCAUUUGAACGCCUUAAGGUCAUGCCAUCGGCCGACUAAAAUGUACCUAAAAUAUUUCUAAUAUUCCGUCUAGGUUAAUUUUUUUGUGUAUGUUGAAUACUUUUUUAUGUUAUGCAUUUUUAAACGCAAACAUUUAUAUGUUUACAAAUUAUUAAAUAAAACAACGAAAACCCAAAA